AACACCCAUCUUAAGACUUGCCAAAGAAGAAGAUCGAAUGCAGAAUUUUCUCCACUUGAGUUCUUUGCAUGACCCAGCAAGGGUGACGUUUGGGGGAUGAGAUCAUACGAUACGUGGUGAUUCAUCCCUUUCUCACUUUAUUUCCCUACAGAUUCCUCUCAAAGCCAAAGAAGAAUCCAAAGUUUUCUUCUAUAUAAAGGACCUCAUUGAAUCCUCCCAUCUUUCUCCAUUCAGAAAGAAAAAAUAAAAAAGAGAAUCCUCCCAUCCCUCGUUCAUACGUUGCCUUCCGGUCAAUAGCCGCAAGCACAGUUUUUUUUUUUUUUGCAUCUUUCAUGAAGCCGGCGUGGAUCGAUCGCUCCUCCCUGAGUCUCGACCUCAGUGUCGGACCUCUGUCGUUCCCCGACCAAGCUCCGAUUGCAAAGAGGGCGCAUCAUACCAAUCCCAUGCAUGUCCAAGGGAGCUCUUUGAAGAAGGAUGAGACCGAAGAUUUGGAAGCCAAAUUGAGUAGGAUGAGCGAGGAGAACAAGAAGUUGAGUGAGUUGCUUGGUGCCAUGUGCACCAACUACAGCACCCUCCGGAGCCAGUUUUUUGAUUUCAUGAGCACAUCUCCUAAAGAGUUAGGGUCGAUUUCGCCAUCGAGAAAGAGGAAGAGAGAGAGCCUCGAGACGGUCGGUUUCAAUGACAAGACUUACGAGAGGACCGAUAGCUUCAGCAACCGUGUCGAGAGCCUAUCGAGCGAAGAUUCGUGCAAGAGAUUGGGGGAAGAUACGAAGCCCAAGAUCACCAAGGUUUAUGUGAAGACCGACCCAUCCGAUUCGAGUCUGGUGGUGAAAGAUGGUUUUCAAUGGAGGAAGUAUGGUCAGAAGGUCACCAGAGACAAUCCUUCUCCUAGAGCUUACUUCCGUUGCUCCUUUGCUCCUUCCUGUCCUGUUAAGAAGAAGGUCCAAAAGAGUGCUGAAGAUAGAUCAGUCUUGGUAGCAACAUAUGAAGGUGAGCACAACCAUGGCCACCCUUCGCAGAAUGAAGUGACUCAUGGCGCUUACCACAAUGGAUCAGUACCAUGCUCGGUCUCCAUCAACUCUUCCGGCCCAACGAUCACCCUUGACCUCACAAAACAAGGACCGCGACCACCCGUUGGAAGGGCUUCCAGGGACAUAGAGUCGCCAGAAUUCCAAAGACUUUUGGUGGAGCAGAUGGCCUCAUCAUUGACAAAAGAUCCAAAUUUUACAGCAGCACUUGUGACCGCAAUCUCGGGAAGAAUUCUUCAACAUCCAUCCGCUUAAAUUCAAGCAAAUCUACACUUAUUCCCUGGCUUCGAUGUGUUCUUCAUGCUGAUGUAGAGUUCUGCUUUUUAUGUGUAUAUAUGGAAUGCUUCAGCAUUAAAUAUCAAAUGUCAUUGGUGGUCCGGUUUCAUGACCAUGUUAAUUAGUAGUAUGAUGAACAGCUUCUGUUUAUUAAUAAGAACCCAGUGGAACCACAGGAGAGAUUGAUUUUUCGAGUUGCUAAUA